UCGCCACCAUUUGUGUUGAUUCCAUUUGAUUUGCUUUUAAUGCUUUGCUUUGUUUGAUUGAUUUGUGUUUACACACGAAUUAAUCAAUCCAUUUGGAACUCUCUUUCCCUUUCCUUUCCUCUCUUCCGAUUCCGUUUCCGUUUCUCUUCCCCUUCCCCUUCCCCUUCCUCGCCGUCGAUCCCUUUGCUCAACAUUCAACCGGAGGAUACGAUUCGAUUCGAUGAGAUAUAAUAAUAAUAAUAAUAAUAAUAAUAAUAAUAAUAGGUGGUAAUCAAAUCGCAUUCAUUUGAUUUCCUGUUCCGAUUCGGUUUAAUCAUUGCGAAUUGCGCCAAGAUCGAUGAUGAACAAGAGGAGGACGCUAACCAUGGAUUGGGAUGGUUUGGGGGACGACGACGACGACGACGACCGCUUCUUCGAGUCGUGUCCGCGGGUUUCCUCGGCCGAUUUGUGUUCGUCGGACUCGGAUGAUGGCGAAGAUUUCGAGGAUAGUCGGAUGUCGUUCGCUUCGGCGGUCUCUACGGUGUCGAAGAAAAGCCUCCACCCUGUGGGAUCCUUCGCAAAACCCCAACAAUCGAUGUUGGCAGGGUACGAUAUGUGGAUGUCUGAGCCAGGGGAUAUCAGAGAGCGCCGCAGGCGUCUUCUACAAGGCAUGGGCCUCGCAAGCACCAAACAAAUGAUGAGAAUCGCCAGCCGGAACGAAGGCGCAGAAGCUGCUCCUGCAGCUUCACCGCUUGUCGAUUCGCGGCCGACGGUUAAAGGAACCAGACGAGACGAUGAGCCCGUCUCCAUCUCUUCCUCUGCUGCUGCUUCACCGCCCGUCGUCGAUUCGCGGCCGACGGUAAAAGGAACCAGACGAGACGAUGAGCCUAUCUCCAUCUCUUCCUCCGCUUCCGCUUCUCCCUCUCCUUCUCCUUCUUCGCCUCCACAUUCAUGUCCGCGUCCAACUCCAGCUGCUACGCUUGUUAGAUCUAGGUCAGAUGGUGAUAUUGUUGCCUUCUCGGCCAAAUCCAAGCUUAAUAAGAUAGAUGAACGAGGAGGAGGAGGAGGAGGAGGAGGAGGAGCAGGCCCUGUUACAUCCAAACACAGACUAUUAACUAGAACUACAUCAGAGAUUGUGGUACCAGUCGGACGUCGUGUGUGCGGCUACUCGAGUAAUUCCGAUAGAAUGAUGUCCGCAGGCGCCGGAAGAUCGUCGAAUCCAACCAGCAAUUCAUUAGAAGAAGAAUCUGAUGGUGCAUUCUGUGCAUCUUUUCUGAUAAAGAAUUUGGACACGGGAAAAGAGUUCGUGGUGAAGGAACAGGGGUCGUGCAACAAGGUGAGUGAUAUCCAGACCGGGAAGCAACUAACCAUGGAGGAGUUUGAGAAAUCUGUUGGAUUCUCGCAAGUGGUGAAGGAGUUGAUGAGCAGGCAGAAUGUGGCGAGAGGUAAUCCGGACGACAGGAAGAUCAACCAUUCCUAUUUGAGCAAGAGCUUCAGAAACAGCAAGAAAAAGGGAGCUGCAAUCUUGAAGAACAUCAAGGGAGUAGCAACUGCAAUCCGGCACGAUCAUAAAGAGCACGACUACGACUCCACCGAAGAUCAUAAGCCCCCCAAAGCCACAUCGAAAUGGGUGAAAACUCGCCAACACGGCAAGACCUGUAAAGAAUUCACAGCACUGCACAUGACUCAAGAUAUUCAGGCGCAUGAUGGUCCAAUAUGGACGAUCCGAUUCAGCAGCGACGGACAGCUCCUGGCCACUGCAGGGGAGGAUAAGGUGAUUCAUGUCUGGGAAGUGCAGGAAUGUGAAGUUAUGUCUGCGAGUGGCACGCCGCUUCAUUCCACGGCUGCCGUUGCUUCUUCAGACCGCGCCCCACUUGCAGAAAUAACACCUUUGCCUUCUGACAAGUGGAAAAAGAUUCGAAGCUACAGGAGAAAGGGCAACUCGAUCCCAGACCACAUCAAUGUGCCGGAAACUGUUUUCGCACUUUCGGAGAAGCCAAUUUGCUCUCUCGAGGGUCAUCAAGAGGAUGUUUUGGAUCUUUCAUGGUCGAAAUCCAAGCUCUUGCUGUCAUCUUCAAUGGAUAAGACAGUUAGGUUGUGGGAUCUAGAAAGCAGGACAUGCUUGAAAGUGUUUGCACACAAUGACUACGUAACUUGCAUACAGUUCAAUCCAGUCGACGACAAUCACUUCAUGAGUGGUUCGCUGGAUGCCAAGGUCCGUAUCUGGAACAUACCCGAUCAUCAGGUCGUGGACUGGAUAGAUCUCCAUGAAAUGGUCACUGCAGCAAGCUACACCCCUGACGGCCAGGGUGCUGUGAUCGGCACUCAUCAAGGGUACUGCCGAUUCUACACUAUAGAUGAUCAUUGCAAACUGGAGUGCAGCAGCAGCGUCCGAAUGCGCACCAAGGCUCAAACUAAGAAGCUCCCCGGUUUUCAUCAUUCUCAACCACAAACCAACAAAAUCACCGGUUUUCAGUUCAACCCAUGUAAUCCGUCCGAGGUGCUCAUAACCUCCACGGAUUCCCGAAUUCGACUCCACAACGGAUCAGAGCUGGUCCAGAAAUACAGAGGGUUCCGGAACACGAGCAGCCAAAUAGCAGCAUUCUUCAGCCCGGACGGGAGACACGUGGUGAGCGCGAGCGAGGACUCCCAGGUGUACAUAUGGAAGGUGGAGGAGUCGAAGCCUCAGGGGCAGGGGGCCGACAAGAAAAACCGGGUGACUGUACAGGCUCACGAGCACUUCCACUGCAAAGACGUCGCCCUCGCUGUCCCCUGGCCCGGCGCCGCCAUCCGGAACGAGCCCCCCCUGAUGGUGGACCUAAGCUCCAAGCGCCACUCCAGGCGCAUCGCCACCCCGCCCUCCCCCACCCACGACCCAGAUAGGAAGCAGAACAGUCUGCUGCCCCCACUCCCACUCCCACUCCCACUCCCACUGCCCGGCCGGAAAGCCAGCAGCGUUACUGCAGAUCAGGAUGAUUUGGGGCAGUCCGGGAGGAUGGACCCCGCCGGAAUUGGUGUAGCCAGCAGCAGCAGCUCCUCGUUCGACGGCUCGUCCAUGCCCAUGUCGCUGGGAGAAUCGCCAUCUUUCAUCUCCGGCGGGUCAUCGAGGUUCGAAAACGGGAAUGGGAAUGGGAACGGAAAUUGGGGGAUGGUCCAGGCGACGGCGUGGGGGAUGGCGAUGGUGACGGCGAGCGUGGAGGGGGAGAUGAGAGUGUAUCAGAAUUUUGGGCUGCCUCUGAAAGUAGGUCGGCAGCCCACCAAUCUCUUCCAACACUAAGAGCAUGUGCAACGCGGUUCUUUGAUUUAUGGGAGAACCCAUCCGUUGGACUCCGUUUGCGGAUAUAUAACUAAUGGCUUAAUUUCCCUAAAAGUUCGAGCUUUCAAGUGAGACUGUCAUUAGCAUCCGACAUAGUAUCAGAGCCUGGCGUGUUAAAGACUCCUGUCCCGUUUGAGCUUGAGGUUUUAGGUGAGAUGGUCAUUAGCCUCCGACACCACCUUUUCUGAUGUAGCAAUGCACCAUCAACCAAAUAAAAAAAAUAAAAAAAAGUGUAACUUAAAAAAUUGAAAUAACUUCUAUCAUGCUGUAUACACAAAACCGACAAUCAUAAGAAUUGCAUAGUAUCUUUCGAAAUCAU